AGUCAUUUCGUUAGUUUUAUAGAGUCAGUCUUAUAAGUUGUUGUAACCGCUAAAUGAAUAAUUACGUAAUGACAAUCGUCAAAAGUUUAUUGGCAGCAGUCUUAUUACUUCUCACCAGCCAAGGCGUUUUUCUUCAAGAUAAUGAAACAGUAAAUGAUCAAAUAGUGCAUGAUGUCAACGAGAAUCGAUUUCGUCUACGACAGAAUGUUGUGCCCAUCCAUUACGAUAUAAAACUAAUACCACAUAUUGUGGAUAAUAAUUUUACUACUAAUGGCGAAACGAACAUCGAUGUUGAAGUGCGCGAAUCGACGAAUGACAUCGAAUUGCACGUUUUAGACCUCACAAUAGACGAAUCGCUGACAAAGCUAAUUCGCAAAGGCGUAGAUGUAAAUUCUAAAUCGGAGUAUGUUCCAAAGCAGCAUUUAUAUAACGUUGAAACACAAAUUUUGACAUUAAGAUUUGAGGAACUAUUGGAUCCUGUAACGUAUACGUUGCAUUUUACUUUUACGGGUGUGAUACGCCCGGAUGAUUGUAAUCGCGGAUUGUUCAGAAGACUUUAUAUUAACGACAAAGGAAACAAGGCAUUGUUAGCAGUAACACAUUUACAACCAAUUAGUGCGCGAGAAGUAUUUCCAUGUUGGGAUGAGCCUGCCAUAAAAGCGACCUUCAAGUUUUCUAUCAAGCACUAUCCUAAUUAUACAGCAUUAUCGAAUAUGCCAUCCGUGCGAUCAGAAAUAGACGAAGUCGAUGGAAAAUUAUGGACGUACUUUGAGACAACUCCUGUUAUGUCUACCAAUUUAGUGGCAUUCGUGCUUGCUGAUUACGAUUAUGUUUCAAAUUUAGACGGUAAUAUCAAAAUAUGGGGUCCAAAACACCUUCUUUCUCAUGCCGCACAUACUCUCGAUAUUGUCGAAAAGAUAACGCAGGAACUUGAAAAAUUCACCAAUAGUACUGUUCGUGUGCCGAAAAUGGACCAUGUUGCUAUUCCAUAUUAUACCGCUAGGGCCACUGAAAAGUGGGGUAUGAUUGUCUAUGAACAAUAUUUACUUCUUGGAGACAAUAGUUUAAGUAGUAACAUACAACAUAUUAUGACAAUCACUCACGAAUUAGCGCACCAAUGGUUUGGAAAUUUAGUCAGUUCAGUUUGGUGGAAAUAUUUGUGGUUGAGCGAAGGCAUCUCGACAUAUCUAAAACAUUAUAUUUCUGACAAGUUUUUCAAAGAAAAGCGAUUGAUGGAUUAUACUGUAGUGACCGUGGAAAAACAAAUGCUGGAUAGUGAUUCAAGAAAAUCCGAGCCAAUUCAUAUAAAUAUUACUGGUCAUUCAGAUGUACUUUUUAAAGCAUUUUCUUCCAGAACGUAUAGGAAAUCGGCUUUUCUGCUGCGAAUGGCAUCGCAUUUCUUGACAGAAGAUGUGUUUCGGAACGGUUUAAUAAAAUACCUUCAAGCACACGAAUAUAGUAGUGCUACACCAAACGAUUUAUGGAAAACAUUACAAGACGCUCUCGAUGAGUCAAAUGUACCUCAUGAUGAUUUUAAAGUAAAAGAGGUAAUGAACACUUGGUUUGAUCAGGCAUGGUAUCCUCUCGUUACUGUUCAUCGAGAUUAUACUACAGGCGAAAUCAGGUUGACGCAAGAAAUAUUUACAUAUCCGGAAAACAAUUCUAACUAUAAAGGAAACAAGGAGGAAACAUGGUGGAUACCUAUAAAUUUUGCAACGCAAAGUAGCUUGGACUUCUCGUCUACGUUAGCCACUCAUUGGCUAAAACCGCAUGACGAGGAUACAAUAAUCGAAGGAGUGAACACUAAUGACUGGAUUAUUGUAAAUAAGCAUCUAACAGGAUUUUAUCGUGUAAAUUAUGAUACAAUCAAUUGGCAAAGAAUCGCUGCUUUUCUUAAUACUGAUAAUUACCACAAGAUCCCAGUUCUGAAUCGUGCACAAAUUAUCGACGACGCUUACUACAUGAUGGAGACUGAACGGCUUGAUUCUACUACUUUCGUUGAAAUUAUAAAUUAUUUGUCACGCGAAACUGACCCUGCGCCAUGGUUCAGUGCCAUUAAAAACAUAUUUCAAAAGAACUACUGGCAAUUACCCGAAGGAAAAGCAAUCCUUAAGCCAUAUUUAUCAAAUUUGAUACAUAAACUAUUUGAACAUAUCGGCUUUGAAGAAAAUCCUGACAUUUUAACUAUAGAAAUGAGAAGGUAUUUUCAUAAAUAUGUUUGUUUAUCUGGAUUUGAGGAUUGUCAAGCAACAAUUACUUCUAAAUUACUUGCAUAUGUGGAAGACCCAAUCGCAAAUAAUCCAUCAUACGAGGAAAAGGAGCUAAUUUGCAUUGGUCUCAGGAAAGCAAAUGAAUCUUUUUGGGAUCAAUUGUUACAAACACAACAGAGAACAUCAAAUUUUCAUAAACAAUUUCUUGGUUGUUCAGAAAAUCUGCACAUUCUUGAAAGACAUUUAAAUUCUCUUUCUAACAAUACAAGAGAAUAUCGUGUUUUUACUCGAAACAUGUUUCAAUCUUUUCAAAAUACUGAUGUAGUGCUUGAACUUAUUACUAAUAAUUACAAGAAGUUUAAGGACGAUUCAGAUAUUGUUGGAAAGCUCAUUGACAAUAGUUUUACGGAAGAAGAAUUUAACAAGAUAAAAGCAUUUGCUGAACAACAUAAUAAAUAUUACGAAAGAUAUUUAACAACAAGGAAAAUAGAGUUGGAAGAACUAAGAAAUUAUUUGCCAAAAUUCCUAGAUGCUUUGAAAAAUAAACAAAAUAUCUUAAAAUAAAUAAUCCAACAACUUAAGCAACGAUACAUCAUAAUAGGAUUUGAUCUACGUAUAAUAAAAUAAAAAAAUAUACAAAUUGUGAAUAUAUAAGAAAAAAUAAAGUUAUUCCAAUAUAUAUUAUUAUCGUA